AUGCACCCACUCAACACCCUUACGCUGUUUUCUCGCAACCCACCCAUCACCAAGUGCAGUAACGACCACCGCCAUAGUCGUCCAACCCAGUGUCCUGAUAUUGCCGUAUCGCCAAACAGCAACCGUAGAUAUUCCCAUGGAAAGUUCGCGGAAGCCGUACAGUGGGACGAGUACAUCGAUCAGUCUUUGAGAUUCAGGUGUCGAGGGAGUAGUGAGGCCGAAAGCUCCGAUCACGCUGCGUGGGCUGAUGAUUGCGGCAAAACCGCCUGCGAUGAGGAGGUGGCCGAGGACGCCGGCGGAGUUGACGAGUCCGACCCACGCAUCUCCUACUCUCUAUACAUCCCACCUGAGCCAUACAAAUCGCUUGCUGCGAAUGCAGGUGAUGGCAACACGAAGAAGCUACCACUACUGGUAAACAUCCAUGGAACGAGACGAAAUCUCUCUGCCAUCUACGGAGAUUUGAAGACUUUCGCCGACUCAACGCCUUGUGCAGUCUUACAACCCCUGUUCCCAGCUGGUCUGGAAGGACCUAAUGACUUGGACUCAUACAAGAAGCUCAGGUCUAAGAGUGUGUGUUCUGACCUCGCUUUGCUGUCGAUUCUUGAUGAGGUUGCCAUGCGCUGGCCACAGAUCGAGACGAACAAAAUCUUCCUCAUGGGCUUCUCUGGUGGUGGACAACUCGCACAGCGCUUUCUGUACAUCUACCCAGACCGGCUCUCUGCUGUCAGUAUAGGAGCUCCCGGAAAGGUCACUCUUCUUGAUGACCAACAGGAGUGGCCCAAAGGAAUUAAGAAUGUUCAACAUGUGUUUGACCGACAUAUCGACUUGAAUCUGAUCAAAGCUGUAGACAUCCACAUGGUUGUUGGAAGCAAGGAUACAGGAGCUCACGGUGGCGCCGAUUUCAAANAAUGGCAGCAAGUAAUGAAGGCCAAGGUCAAGGAUGCUGCUUCUGAUGAAGAAGCUGCUCUGACCAGCAACAUUGACGCCUCAGAAAUCGGACAAGGAAGACUAGGUACCUUGCAACGUAUCCAGAGAUCAUGGAAAGAUCAAGGUAUUGAGGCUCAUCUUGAUAUCGUAGAUGGUGUAGGUCACUCGGUCGACGGUGUCCGAGGCUGUGUCCUUGACUAUCUCAGACCUCUUAUGCAGAGAUUUGACAAGGUCUAG